AUGUCCCCUGGCCCUUCAUCCAUUCCAAUAGCAUCUCUAGAUAUCUCUGCUACACUCGUUCAUCCAUCUUCUCUGACAACUGCCCAGAUAACCAUCACCAACACUCAACAAAAAGAUACUCCCAUGGACGAUACUCCUAUAAACAAUGAGCCACCUUCCCAUGCCAAUUGUGAAAUUCCAAUGGAUCAAGAUGUGCCAGCAGCCACUCCGCUCCCGCUCAUCAGCCCUAUAACCCAUUCAGAACCAGCAUCCAGUAUUCCUACAAGUUCUGGACGACACAGAGCACUGUCCUUGCCGCUCAUCACAGAAAAUUAUCUGGGACAGUUGGUAAAUCAGCAAUUUGCUCAACUGUCCAACAAGGUAGUUGUGCCUGCUCUCAGGAGUGCAGUUGACACUAUGAUACCAACAAUUAUUGAAUGGAUAACUGGUGAAACUAUGAGCAUCCAUUCUACCUGCUCUCACACCACUCCACCUGCUCUCACACACACCUGGAAACAUUGUGGGUCAUCUGAAGAUGACGAUGCUAGCGAGCCUGAUUGUGACGAUAAUCUAACACCUUCUCCUUGCAGGAAGCACCUGGGGAAGUGGGGCAUCAAGAAUAAAUUACAUCGCUCAUUUCGGAUAUAUCUAUGGGAGAAAUGUCUUCUACAAUCACCUCCAUCACAAACAGUUCACACUUUUACUCAUUACAAUGAAAGCCCCCCAAGUUUGGGCAACAUCACCAUCAACUGGCAAGACUCUUUAAGAUCCUCUCUAUGGAAUACAGAGGCGAUCAACUUGAUGGUGGUGGACUUUCAAGAAAAAAUUCAGACAGGUAGUCAUCCAUUGGUAAUUUUCAACGAAGAUACAAUGAACCUCAGCAACUUGCACCUACUCUGCAUCGACAAACUUCAUCAAACUCAGCAAGCCUAUCGACAGUGCAGCAAGAUAGAAGAAUUCAGAGAUGUUCAAGAGAGGGAGGAAGCUACUCAUGAACUGUCUUCUUGUAGCACUUGGAGGCAACAUCUGGAUAGGCUUAACAAUCACAAGCACAGGACACUCAAAAGAUGUCAAAAAAUUGCUGAACAAAAUUGCCACCACAAUCCUCAAACCUGGGACACAAUCAAGCGCAUCAUUGAUCGGUUGGAUGUUGAUGGCAUGAGCGAGGAUGAAACAGACACUGCUAUAGGUGCGAAACUGAAGAUUGUGAGGCAUGUGGCUCUCCCGUGGAUCAGCCCAGCAAUCACUGAUCUACUUCACACGGUUGAGUCCUAUGUGUCUGCAACAUACAAGGAAAAUAUGUCAGUUCCAAACGUUCUACUUGCCACCCAAUCCCUUGCUAUGUCGCCCAUGACUAUUGCUCAACUCAGCUCUUCCAACUAUCUUAUCUGGAGAUCAGAGAUGGAGUCUUACCUGCGCUCCAAGGGCUUGUGGCUGCUUGUCAGUGGCUCUGAGAAGCGUCCUGCAGACUCACAGCCUGAGGCACAGGCUCUAUGGGACCUUAAGGCUGACCAAGCUGCUGGGGAACUCUAUCUGGCUUGCCCAUUGGAGAUGAGGUCCCAGAUUGAUGCUAUUGAAGAUCAUCCUGUGCUUAUCUGGUCUACCCUUGCCUCCCUGUACUCUAGACAGCGUUGUAGCAGGAGGAACAAGACCAAGAAGCUCUCCAGGAAGACUCAGAGUCUCACAGGCCCCACUGUAUCGCCCUCUCCCACUUCCUUUCCUAUUCCUAUCAACUCUACUAUCAUUGAGUUUGCUGGCACUGCUUGUCUUCGCUCUUUUGACCCUUCAAGCACCUAUCUGUCCCCUUCAACUUGA